AGAAAGAGAGACCUCGUUCGUUGAUUCGAGUGAGCCUUUCAAGCGCUUCAAAGUCCAAGAUUGAGAAAUUUGGAGUGGUAACCUGUUGUUUUGUUGCUGACAAAAACAAGGGAAAGCAGAGAAAAGUCAAAAGUUUAAUUCUUUUUUGCUGGUUGUUGGUUUCAUUUUCAAAUGGAAAGUGAGAUAUUGAACUAAAAUAGGGCUUGAUCGUGUAUUUAGUGAGGUUCACAUGAAUUAAUCUGGUCAAGCAUUCAUCAAAGAUAAAAUGCAAUUUUGGUUGCUAAAUUGGUGAUACAGUUGUUUACAGAAGACAGGCUUGAAUUAACAUAAUUGUGCUCUUCAUCAUGGAGUCCUUGUGGAAGCUGUUGUAUUUACUGGAGCCUGCACCCAUUACGCUAAUAAUGACAGCUGUGGCUGUGACAUUUGGGUCUGCAUUUAGAGCUCUAAAUCAUGGGAAAGAAAUGGAGCGGAAUCGUGACUUAUCAGAAGCUUCUAUUACAUUGGACAAGUCCCAGGCACUAAUGAUCCCAAUAAUGAGCUCUUGCAGUUUGCUUUUAAUGUUUUACCUGUUUUCAUCUGUCUCUCAACUUCUCACUGCAUUCACAGCCAUUGCCUCUGUUUCAUCCCUAUUCUUCUGCCUCUCUCCUUGUGUUGCCUAUGUAAAGUCGCAUUAUGGCUUGGCAGAUCCAUUUGUGUCACGUUGUUGUUCAAAGUCAUUUACACGAAUCCAAGGCUUAUCGUUGUUGGCUUGCUCCAUUACAGUUGCAGCGUGGCUUGUUUCUGGGCAUUGGAUAUUGAACAACUUGUUGGGUAUUUCUAUUUGUAUCGCAUUUGUGAGUCAUGUGCGCCUUCCAAACAUCAAAAUAUGCGCAAUGCUACUUGCAUGCUUGUUUGUAUAUGACAUAUUCUGGGUGUUCUUCUCAGAGAGAUUUUUUGGUGCCAAUGUCAUGGUAUCAGUGGCAACACAACAAGCAUCAAAUCCUGUUCAUACAGUGGCCAAUAGUUUGAGUCUUCCUGGGUUGCAAUUGAUUACAAAGAAGCUUGAGUUGCCAGUGAAAAUAGUCUUCCCCAGAAAUCUGUUGGGUGGUGCAGUUCCUGGAGGAAAUACUGCAGACUUCAUGAUGCUUGGCCUUGGAGACAUGGCUAUUCCGGCCAUGCUUUUGGCAUUAAUCCUUUGUUUUGAUCAUCGAAAGAGCAGAGAUCCUGUAAGUCUCUUAGAUAUUCAUUCCUCAAAGGGACACAAAUACAUAUGGUAUGCCCUUUCUGGAUAUGCCAUUGGACUGGUAACUGCUUUGGCAGCUGGUGUUUUGACUCGCUCACCCCAACCUGCACUUCUUUAUCUGGUGCCGUCGACACUGGGACCUAUAAUCGUCAUCUCGUGGAUUAGGAGGGAACUAGCUGAGUUAUGGGAAGGAAGCAUGUCAAAUCUCAAUGAUAAAGCACGGCAAAUAGAAGUUUAAGCCAUUUAUCUUCGUGAGACAGAGCUACAGGGCGAAAUGGAAGCUGUAAAUUCACUUGGAAGUUCUAUCCUUUAAAUAUUUAUCUUUUGAUACCCAACUUGCUGUAUCAGUCCCUUUAAAUAUCCAGUAAUGAAAAGGAAAGGAAAUUUAUCUGAGAAAUCUGUCUUUAAUAUGAUGAAUUCCAUUUACAAGCAACGGUUAAUGCAUAGAAAUCAAAACUACUUUUAAUAACUGCUUCAA